AUGGCCGACGCGUUUGGGGAUGAGCUUUUCAGCGUGUUUGAAGAUGACUCAACCGCUACAGCUGGAGCCAAAAAAGACAAGGAAAGAGAGAAAGGGAAAUGGAAGGGACCGCCAGGAACUGCGGAAAAGCCUGGGAAACAUUUUGAUGUUAAAUUACAGUCAGAGUCAACUAAUAGUGCAAAAAAGAGAGAGAGAGAUUUUGAAAGCACAGAUGAACCCAUUUUUGGAAAGAAGAUCACAAUAGAAGAGUCAGUAACUGAAGACUUAAGUUUGGCAGACCUGAUGCCCAGAGUCAAGGUUCAAGCAGUGGAGACUGUCGAAGGCUGUACACAUGAGGUUGCACUUCCUGCAGAUGAAGAUUAUCUACCACUUAAACCUCGAGUUGGGAAAGCAGCAAAGGAAUACCCAUUCAUUCUUGAUGCUUUUCAAAGAGAAGCCAUUCAGUGUGUUGAUAAUAAUCAGUCUGUUUUAGUAUCUGCACAUACAUCAGCAGGAAAAACUGUGUGUGCUGACGAUUCUGUGCUGCCUGAGCCGCACUGGAGUCCGCUGCUGCUCGCACAGCUCGCCCUUCCCUCUGAUCCGGGAUUGGCGGCCCCGCCACAGCUGCUGAAGCACCUGGCAUGUCUUUGGGGCCUCUCUGAGCCGGCCGCCGCCGUGCCCCUCGCCGGGGUGAACGCCUCGGGGACUGUCACCAUGGCCCCCGCCGGGGCGCUGCCCGUCCUGGUCGAGAACCUAGGCGCCGUGACCCAGGCUGCUGUCACCAUGUGUGUGGGGUCCUCCACGCCCCAGACCCUGCAUAAGGCGGCCCCCCUGGGCACCCUGGUGACGAGCGUCGCUCCGGCCAACGCGGUCCCUAAACCCAGUGGACCCCAGCUGCCCGCUCCGCAGCUGGUCACCGCCGCCAAAGCCCCCAGCACCACGAUCCUGUUGCCUGCCAACAUUCAACUUCCUCCAGGAACUGUUGUCAUCAAAAGUAACAAUGGUCAGUUGAUGUUGGUGUCUCCUCAGCAAGCUGUAACAAGACCUGGAGUUAUUAAUAACUCUCAUCCACCAAAGCCCCAGAACCCAUUCUCCAAACAGAGAACUCAGGAGGUGUGCAGACUAAACUUUCUCCGGCAAUGUAAGAACUUCCUUGCAAUGUUAAUAAAACUUGCAUGUAGUGGAUCCCGGUCCCCAGAAAUGGGGCAGAAUGUGAAGAAAUUGGUGGAACAACUUUUGGGUGCGAAAAUUGAAGUGGAAGAAUUUACUAGAAGACUGUAUGUUGAACUCAAAUCUUCAGCUCAACCUCAUCUAGUCCCGUUUCUUAAGAAAAGCGUGGCUGCCUUACAACAACUUGUUCCUAACUCGCAGAGCUUUAUUCAGCAGUGUUUUCAGCAGACUUCUAGUGAGGUCGUCCCUGCUACCUGUACCACGACGGGGAGUUCUUCGGUGGUGACACCUGCCUCUUCGUCUGCCCAGUCUGAAAAGACCGCCAUUUCUGGGGCUGCAGCCCCCAGACCUGUGUCCGUCUGCUCCCAGAACCCACUUGCGGGUCUAAAGGGAGCGAACAGCGGCCCUGCUGUGAGGCCAGGCCGUAGCUGCAGCUGCAACUGUUUUGCUUCAGACUUCAAAACCUCUUGUCAAUUCUGGACCAAACAGAACGGUGUCACUUCAGCCCCAGAACCCAGUUGUUUCCGGAGCGGCCGUAUCUUUUGGAGAAGCUUCCACCACAACUCUUUGUCUUCCUACUGUGAAACCUGCUGCUGCUUCAUCUGGGACCCCGUCGGACAAGCCUACUGUGGACACGCCUGUUCAAAUCAAAAAAAUAAGAUAAAAGAGAAUGCAACUGCACCCUUCAGAGAUGAAGAUGACAUCAAUGAUGUGACUUCCAUGGCAGGGAUCAGCUUCAAUGAAGAGAAUGCCGACAUCUUAGCAACAAGCUCUAACUUGGUUGGCACACUUACUCUUUCUUGUAAGGAUGAACAAUUUCUUUUCAUUGGAGCUCUCCAAAAGAAGAUUUUAGACAUUGGUAAAAAGCAUGACAUUACAGAACUUAAUUCGGAUGCUGUGAACUUGAUCUCCCACGCAACGCAGGAGCGUUUACGAGGCCUUCUAGAAAAACUAAGUGCAAUUGCUCAGCAUCGAAUGACAACUUACAAAACCAGUGAAAACUACAUCCUGUCUAGUGAUAACAGAUCACAGCUCAAGUUUCUUGAAAAGCUGGAUCAAUUGGAGAAACAGAGAAAGGAUUUAGAAAAAAGAGAAAUGUUGUUUAAAGCAGCCAAGAGUCGUUCCAAUAAAGAAGAUCCAGAACAGCUGAUAUUAAAGCAGAAAGCCAAACAGUUACAGCAGUUGGAGUUUGCACAGAUACAGCACAGGGAUGCCAAUCUCACAGCUCUUGCAGCUCUUGGGCCAAGGAAGAAGAGACCAUUAGAGUCUGGAAGUGAGGGCAUAAAAGACAACCUCUUUACAUCUGGGACACCCAGCCUGACAGCCACCAGACAGUUUCUUCACCCAAGAACCACGAGAAUUUUGAGAAGUAUGUUGUACAGAGGUUCUGAAGUUAUGCGAGAAGUUGCUUGGGUCAUAUUUGAUGAAAUACAUUACAUGAGAGACUCAGAGCGGGGUGUGGUAUGGGAAGAAACUAUUAUUUUGCUUCCAGAUAAUGUCCACUAUGUCUUUCUUUCGGCUACUAUUCCAAAUGCCCGCCAGUUUGCUGAGUGGAUCUGUCACUUACAUAUACAGCCCUGUCAUGUGAUUUACACAGAUUAUCGUCCUACUCCAUUGCAACAUUACAUUUUUCCAUCUGGAGGAGAUGGCCUUCACCUGGUGGUUGAUGAAAAUGGUGACUUCAGGGAAGAUAAUUUUAAUACUGCAAUGCAAGUGCUCCGAGAUGCAGGUGACUUGGCAAAAGGAGACCAGAAAGGGCGAAAAGGUGGAACAAAAGGACCAUCAAACGUGUUCAAGAUAGUGAAGAUGAUUAUGGAAAGAAAUUUCCAGCCUGUAAUUAUUUUCAGUUUUAGUAAGAAAGAUUGUGAAGCUUAUGCACUUCAAAUGACCAAAUUAGAUUUUAACACAGAUGAAGAGAAAAAGAUGGUUGAAGAGGUGUUCAGUAAUGCAAUAGACUGCUUGUCUGAUGAAGAUAAAAAACUCCCUCAGGUUGAGCAUGUACUUCCUCUUUUGAAGCGAGGCAUUGGUAUUCACCAUGGAGGUUUACUUCCCAUUUUAAAAGAAACUAUUGAAAUUCUCUUUUCUGAAGGAUUGAUAAAGGCCUUAUUUGCCACAGAAACUUUUGCUAUGGGAAUUAACAUGCCAGCCAGAACAGUUUUGUUUACUAAUGCCCGCAAGUUCGAUGGCAAAGAUUUCAGAUGGAUUUCCUCGGGGGAAUACAUUCAGAUGUCUGGUCGUGCUGGGAGGAGGGGAAUGGAUGAUAGGGGAAUUGUGAUUCUUAUGGUGGAUGAAAAGAUGAGCCCAACGGUUGGGAAACAGCUACUUAAGGGUUCAGCUGAUCCUUUAAAUAGUGCUUUCCAUUUGACCUACAACAUGGUUUUAAACUUACUCCGUGUAGAAGAAAUUAAUCCUGAGUACAUGUUGGAAAAAUCAUUUUACCAGUUUCAGCAUUAUAGAGCAAUUCCAGGAGUAGUAGAAAAGGUGAAGAACUCAGAAGAACAGUAUAAUAAGAUAGUAAUUCCCAAUGAAGAAAGUGUUGUUGUCUAUUAUAAGAUUAGGCAGCAGCUUGCCAAAUUGGGUAAAGAAAUUGAAGAAUAUAUUCACAAGCCAAAAUACUGUUUACCAUUUCUACAACCAGGUCGUUUGGUGAAGGUAAAGAAUGAAGGAGAUGACUUUGGCUGGGGAGUAGUGGUGAAUUUCUCAAAAAAGUCAAAUGUGAAGCCUAAUUCUGGGGAACUUGAUCCUUUGUAUGUUGUGGAGGUACUUCUACGCUGCAGCAAAGAGAGCUUGAAGAACUCGGCUACCGAGGCUGCAAAGCCAGCUAAGCCUGAUGAAAAGGGGGAGAUGCAGGUUGUUCCGGUUUUGGUGCAUCUUCUAUCUGCUAUCAGCAGUGUUAGGCUUUACAUUCCCAAAGACCUUCGCCCAGUUGACAACAGGCAGAGUGUUUUAAAAUCAAUUCAGGAAGUUCUGAAACGUUUUCCUGAUGGUGUUCCUUUGUUGGACCCAAUUGAUGACAUGGGUAUUCAAGAUCAAGGACUGAAAAAAGUCAUCCAGAAAGUAGAGGCUUUUGAGCAUCGAAUGUAUUCUCAUCCACUUCACAAUGAUCCAAAUUUGGAAACGGUGUAUACACUUUGUGAAAAAAAAGCACAGAUUGCAGUAGAUAUUAAAUCUGCAAAGCGAGAACUGAAGAAAGCAAGAACUGUCCUACAAAUGGAUGAACUGAAAUGUCGCAAACGAGUUUUAAGAAGAUUGGGAUUUGCCACAUCUUCUGAUGUCAUAGAGAUGAAGGGGCGAGUGGCUUGUGAGAUUAGCAGUGCAGAUGAGCUACUUCUCACCGAGAUGAUGUUUAACGGCCUUUUCAAUGACCUGUCUGCAGAACAAGCAACAGCAUUACUGAGCUGCUUUGUGUUUCAGGAGAAUUCUAGUGAGAUGCCUAAGUUAACAGAGCAAUUAGCGGGACCACUUCGCCAAAUGCAGGAGUGUGCUAAAAGGAUUGCAAAAGUUUCAGCUGAGGCAAAAUUAGAAAUCGAUGAGGAAACUUACCUAAGCUCAUUCAAACCUCACCUAAUGGAUGUAGUAUAUACCUGGGCUACUGGAGCUACAUUUGCCCACAUUUGCAAAAUGACUGAUGUCUUUGAAGGCAGCAUAAUUCGCUGUAUGAGGCGCCUGGAAGAACUGCUGCGUCAGAUGUGUCAAGCAGCGAAAGCCAUUGGGAACACUGAGCUGGAGAACAAGUUUGCAGAAGGAAUCACCAAAAUCAAGAGAGAUAUUGUGUUUGCUGCAAGCCUCUACUUAUAA